GUCGAGCGCACACAUGUCGUUCUAUCACUGCGAAAAAAAAUUCCUUCGUCAGCGCGCCUUACUAGAUAUUCCUAAAGUACGUGAAUUAGAGCCCCACUAUUCCGCCAUGCACUUGCUAUUUGCUUGGCUAGUUUUGGGUUGUUCAUUUUGCUUUGGCCAAGCUGCGCCAAUAAACGAUGAGGACUUUGUAUCUUACUCGGGAUUCCAAGUCUGGAAAAUAAGGACCUGUUCGAACGAAGAAGAUCAGUUCGCCUUGCAGAUGAUACGGCAUUACAAAUUCGAAGCGUGGAAAAAUAGUGAUGCAAUCGACGCCCCGAUUGGCGUUCUAAUACCACCACAUUUUCUAGAGGAAAUGAAACGGAAAUUGGCAGCAAUCAACAUCACCUACGAAGUCGAAAUCAGCGACUUGCAGAACGCCAUCAACGAUGAAAACCCGAUCAUCAAUGUCAGCACAAUUACUACUAAAAUGGCUCACAACAUGGAUUGGACCAGCUACCACAGACUAGACGACAUUUACGGCUACCUCAGGUACCUGGCUGACACCUACCCGAAUCUUGUGCGGUUAAUUGACAUCGGUACUUCGUACGAAGAUCGCCCACUCUACGUUGUCCGAAUUUCUAAUUCACCGACAGCCGACACGCAGCCGGCCGUUUGGAUAGAUGGAGGAAUUCACGCUCGUGAAUGGAUUUCACCCGCGCUGGCUACCUACAUUCUCCAUCAGCUUGUCGAAGAACCGACAAACGCUGGGCUAUUGCUCAACGUUGAUUGGUAUAUUAUGCCCGUUAUGAAUCCCGACGGCUACGAGUACACGCACACGAAGAAUCGCCUUUGGAGGAAAACUCGGUCUAAAACAUCGUCGAAAAAAUGUCGUGGUGUGGACGCAAACAGGAACUUUGGUUACAAGUGGGGUGGCGCUGGAUCAAGCAGAGACCCUUGCGCCAUCAAGUUCAGAGGUUCCAACGCUUUCUCAGAGCCGGAGACGUUGGCCACUUCAAAUUUCAUCACUGAAAAAUCGAAACAAAUCAAACUUUAUUUGACGCUGCACAGCUUCGGUCAAGUUUUUCUGCUUCCAUGGGGUGAUUCCGUCGCUUACCCUUCUGAUUACGACGAGAUGAAAGCCCUCGCUAAAAAUGCUGCGUCUAAAUUCAAACGCUAUAAAUACAGAGUCGGAAACUUGGCCGCCGUUCUCUAUCGAGCUUCAGGAAACUCGGCAGACUGGGCGAAAUCAAUCGGCAUUGAUUAUAGUUACACGGUAGAGCUGCCCGCUAAAGAUUUCAUCCUACCUUCAUCGAGAAUCUUGCCAGUGAGUCAAGACUUCUUUCCCGCUUUGGAAGUCUUUGCUGCUAAAGUUGCCACCCUUAACGUUACGUAAUUUGA